GCCUGCCUUAUUCAUUUCCACAGCCCAAAAAGCAUGAGACGCUCUGGAUUCUCGGUUUCCCUCGCGAUUUGCGCGAUAUUGGCCGUCCAGGUGGCGGUUUCAGCUUCAUAUCCGACGCUCGAUUUCGCCGGCGGCAGCUUCCUCCCGAUAAAAUCCGAGUGCCGCGGAUCCAUCGCCGAGUGCCUGAUGCAAGGCGGGGAGGACUCGUCCGAGUUCGAAGAAGAGUUCGCCAUGGGAUCCGAGAUCAGCAGACGCAUUUUAGCGACGACUCGGUACAUUAGCUACGGUGCGCUGAGGAGAAACACGGUGCCUUGCUCGCGACGUGGCGCAUCGUACUACAACUGCCGACCUGGAGCUCAGGCAAAUCCCUACUCACGCGGCUGCAGUAGGAUUACACGCUGUCGGCGGUAGAUUUAUUUAUUUUAAAUCCUUUCUAACAAUCCUAAAAGCAAUAAUAUUGCUUGAUUUUAAAUUAUGUGUGUUGUUGUAAUGUUGAUUGGAUGAAUUGUUGUUCAUAUAUAUAUUCUGGAUCUUUUUUAUUAA